AUGACGACAGCGAACCAAGGAACUCCCGAUCAUCGGGACCAAGAAGACGGAGGCGAAGGCCAGCCACGGCAAGGUGGAAAGAGUGGACCACUCGGUCCACGACCAGGCUCGGGAGUAAACAAGCGAACGACCAAAGCCUCUGCCAAGGGCGGACGAGCAAAGAAGUCCCUUUUGAGACGUUCCCUCGACCCCGACAACAACAUGAAUCCAAACAUUCCGUUUGUCUCCACGCCGGCAGACACUCCAUCGCCCUUUCCUGAACCGACGCCCCUGCAGAGCGAUGCGGAUGCCAAGUAUGAAGGAGAGCGUGCACGCAACAACCAGUCGGCAAAACGCUCCCGUAUUCGCAAGGCCCUUUACGUUGUCGAACUGGACAAUGCCGUUACGGGAUAUGAAUACAACUUCAAACUCUUUUACAAGAUGUACAAGGAGGCCAAGCAGAAACUAAUCGAUCAUGGUCUAGGAGGCGAUCUUCCCCCUGACCCGCCCAUCUGGGUCCGAAAGCCAAUCCCUGUAGGUCAGGAUGUCGACACACAAGAAUACCGCAAGAAGCUCGAGACCGCGGUAGAGAGUGGCGAGCUCGUCCCGCUCGGACUCGAUUUCGCUGAGUCGGUGGCCCUCCAGGUCGGCAAGACAACGGGAUCAGCGCAACAGACAGAGGAAGCCAAGGCGUUACAGGACGCAAAGGAGAAGUACGAAAAGACAGUCAAACAGGAGGACAAGUACGCCGAGGAGUUGCAGGAUAUGGAGAAGAAAAUGCAGGAACUGCAACACAAGCUUUGGGAGGUCCAACAUAACCGACAAUCACUGGGGAACGUGGUGAACCGCUAUCAGGCACGACAAGCGGGCGACAACAAUGCGGGCCCGUCUGCUCUCCAGGGCAAUGGUACAAAUCUACCCUACAGGCCGCCUGUGCCGGAGACUGCUCAUCUUCCCCAGCGACUUCAGAAAAUGGCCUCGCAAAGCCGGAAGGAACGUACGCUCGAGGAACUUGCAGCUUCAUGGCCGGUGCGAUCCUGUCUUGAGAAUCCUCAGAUGGUGAUGGAGAUGGACCAGAACCCAAUUGAGGCCAAAUUGGAGCAGCCUGAGGACGCCCGACUUGAUGGUCUUCCUGUGCCAACAUUCGACGGAUACCACCAUCAAAGUCAGCAACAGCAGGCCAACCCCAAUCAUCCCACAAAUCCUAGUUUCGCUCAGUGGUGCCAGGCCCAGGGAGAACCUAGCUUUCUUGAUUAUUCCAAUGCUUCUGGAAAUCCGGAUGCGGUUUCGGCUGGCAACUUCAAUGAGUAUCCCUGGCCAGGCGAGGGUGUCGACUUCACUGGAGGAGAGUCACACUUUAUGAGUAGUGACGAUCAUCUGCCAGGGACGGGCCACGAUGCGGCACUCCCAAGCACAUCUCAACCACUCUCGCCGAGUAUUUGCUUUGCCGAUCUUCACCUGAGUCCAGAAAUGGGUAAUAUGUUUAUGGAGACGGGCGAGCAAAGUUCCGGCGAUCCGAACCAAGGAAACUAUCACGGAUCAUAUGGUCAGCAGACGGAUCAGUUCAACCAGUUCUACUGA